AUAACAUUAACUGCGGUUCGGUCAUAGCAAAGCUGAGAAAUUAUGGCGGUCCCCAUGGGCAGUUUGUGCAAGGCAUUUGUGAGGCUAUGCCACCCACAGGUGCUGCCACCACCUGGCCGUGUUGCAGCUUUGCAUACAACGGCAGCACUGCAAAAGAAUCGAGCAGGUCGCUACAAGGUGACACGCAAUCACAGCAAGCCACUGACCUAUGAGAUGUCCAACCCACCUCACCAGAUUGCCCACCGCAAGGCAUGGAACUCGUGGAACACGAGCAACCUGCAGGGAGGCUUGCGGCGCUCUGAGACACUUGUAGAAGACAUGUUCAUUCGCAAAUUCAUGACUGGCACGUGGCACCGAAUGUUUGUUUCCGAGAUCCUCAUCAAGCGUCGAGCCAACAUGAUCUUUGUUGGAGGCAUUGUGCAAAGGGUGGUGAUUCCGCGCAAGAUGUACUUCCUCAUUGGCUACACUGAGGAGAUCCUCAGCUACAUCCUCAAGUGCCCUGUCAAGCUGGAACUACAGUCUGUUGCUGACCGCAAGGAGAUGAUCUUCAAAUACAUUUAGGAGGUGUGCUUGUGUAUCUAGUGGUUGCAUUGUGUGAGAGCGUAGAAAAAAAUUACACUGGACUAGAUCAAAACCCAAGCACUGAUGACUACCUUGCUUCUAUGCCAUGCUGCCAACUCGUACCCUUGACCCUUGUUGGAGCAGGUCUUCUACUGUGGCAUAUGCUUGCACUCUGAAAAAUAUGUUGAACACUUCAGAUCAUUGCAUUUCGUUAAAGUGAGCUAGGAUUUGCACUGGACUAUCUUGAAAGAAAGAUAUUGAGUAGUGGCAACUUCUCUGGAUUAUAAACAAAAUCGGUCACAUGCAUUCAACAACAGUGAGCAUUCAAAAUGAAGCAGUUGUUCAGAGAAGAGCAUCAAAACCAAGGCAUGUACAUCAGAUUCUCUGUGCAGUAAUUGCUGACUACAUAACUGUGGACACGUUUGACUGAAUGCACCUUUGUGCAUUACAAAUAAACUUGUAGUAUAAAUAAAUAAUGUAUUGUUAAAGUUAGAUUUCAUUUUGCGUACUGGAUUUAAAAACAAAGAUUGACUAAAAAGGGGCCGUUUCUGGAUUUCUGGCAUUACGUGUGCUUUGUUGCACUCGCUGCUUUACAAAGGCUUAUAUUUUUUCAGACUAACUGUGGCAGAAUUUUAGCUGAGGCCAUUUGGCAUCAAGCGACACACUCGGCAAAUAUAAAAUGAGCACAUUAUUAGCUCGUGCCUGUACAUAUCCUAUGCAAACACCUUCUGUGGGCCUAAAAGUGUGACCUUGGUGUCAAAAGCGUUUGCCAUUCUGUGGAAGCUUCAUACUUAAGCAGGUGGUUUUGCAGCUUUAAUUAUUAUGAUAGAAAAAUAAUGAGUAUUCUUCAGAAGGAACCUCGAUUCGCGCAUAAAGUACUUGUAGUGUUGCAUUUUUACUUUGUCGGAAGGCAUGCUUUUUUCACCCCAAGAAAGACUCGAACAUUUUUAAAACCUUGCAAUUAAUUGUGAACUUGAUUAGUGUGUUUAUAGCAGUUCAUCAGAUCUUGGUAGCUGAUUUCAGCUGGAAGAGACUUGCUGAUUUCUUGUAUGUUUUUUUAGAGGAUGUUUUAAUAAUGAUUAAUCUAACUUCUUAGUCGAAUUUCGGGGUAGGUGGUGCAGUACAUCCAGGGAACUUCCCAACUCAAAAGCAGCACAUGAUGUGUCUGUUUGUAAAAUAAAGUUAAUCUCUCAGUCUGUCUUAGUUUAAAUAAAUUAGCUGUUUAUUGUCGCAGCAACCAGGAACAACUGUAAUGUAACACCUCUUAGUGUGGAUGCAUUUAGAAUGCUUGCUUAUAACUGUUUAUUGUUAGUACUCUACAGACUGCUAAUGUAUAUGCUUCUGCUGUGACCGGUGAGCGCAGGAUAUGUGAACAGUCAUUCACUACUGUUGGUGUGUACAUUGUGAAUAGCGUAAGAUUAUCAACAAACAUGCAGUGAAUGAAGGCCUUUGUACAUAUAAAUAAAAUCUUAUCAUUAUUUACA